AAGGCGUACAAGGCAGCACCCCUCGCCGCCGCUGCCUCCCGCCCCCGUUUCCCCUCGCGACUGCUCUGCGCUCCCGCAGAUCUCGCCGUCGACUCUACCCGACACGCCCCGCCCCUGCCCGGCGCCAUCGCGCCCAGCCCGCAGCCGCCCAGUCCGCACUCGGCGGUAGGCGGCGUUGUGCAGCUGCAGCAGGCCAGCAGCCAGCCGCCCAGCCCGAUUUGAGGUACUUUUGGGUGGACCACCCUGUUUCAAAAUCCUAGAUCUUCCACUGGCGAUGAUGGCCAUGACGCUGCUCGCCGGCGCCGUGGGGACUGCCGGAGCCGUGUCCCCUCAGCCUGACUCCAACGCAGGAGCUGUGAUGGCUGUGUUCAAGUACAACUUCGCGGCGCAGUUCCUUUCGAGGAUCAUCCCCUUCCUGUACAACGGCUGGUUCGUGCGCCAGCUCAACGCCGACGACUGCGCGGCAUAUGCAUUGCAGCUUCCACUUUUCAUCAAUUGUGUCUUAUUUUUAAGCCGGGAGGGGUUUCGGCGUGCUUGCUUGCGUAAUAAUUCUGGGAGAGGUGAUGUGUUAAGUGACGAAGAGAUACUGAAGGUAGCUUGGAUGAUCAUCCCGUUUGGCUUGUUUGUGACUUUUAUCGGCAGUCUAUUUGUGUUGAGAAUAAAGAAACUGAAGUUAUCUGACCCUUAUGCAAAAGCUACAUUAAUCAUCGGAUUUGCGUGUAUGUUGGAGCUACUGGCAGAACCUUUGUAUAUUCUUUCCCAAACAAAGAAAUACUACAUAAUAAGAGUGUAUACCGAACCUACAGCUACUCUGCUACGUUGCCUAACAACUUAUAUCUUCAUAAAAGGACAUAUUAAAGUGGAGAAGCUGGUCGUAUUUGCUUUGUCUCAGGUCGUUUAUGCAGCCUGCAUUUUCAUUGGAUAUUGGACAUAUUUUCUUUUAUUUGCUAAUAUCAGAACUUUUGAUCUCCUUCCAUUCAGGUUGUCAACCCUGAUGGUCUAUGAUAAACAGUUAUUGCACAUGUGCAUAUUGUUUACAGGCCAGACUAUCAGGAAGCUGAUCCUCCAAGAAGGCGAAAAAUUUGUUCUUGUUUGGUUUGAUACUCCAUUUAACCAGGCUGCAUAUGGUCUUGUGGAUAAAUUAGGAAGUCUGGUUGUUAGAAUAGUUUUCCUGCCAUUUGAGGAGAGUUCUUAUGCUACAUUCACCCAGUUAGCAUCAGGGCAAACUCCUGAUAAUGUAUCCAAUCUGGAAGGUUCUUUGCUCGGAGCUCUUAAACUUAUUACGCUGAUAGGUCUCGUGGUCAUUUCUUUUGGUCCAAGUUAUUCAUACACCCUUCUGAAUCUACUAUAUGGAAGAAGAUAUAGUGAUGGCGAAGCUACAGCUGUCCUCCGUUACUAUUGUGUUUACAUAAUCUUCUUAGCAAUGAAUGGCACUUCUGAAGCUUUCCUUCAUUCUGUUGCCAAUGAAAACCAGCUUAAGCAGUCAAACAAUAUGUUGCUCCUUUUCUCAGCAAUUUAUACUGUUCUAAAUGUUGCUUUUAUUAAAUCCGCCGGAGCUGUUGGGUUGAUCGCUGCAAAUUCUGUCAAUAUGCUACUGCGAAUCUCAUAUUCUGCAGUAUUCAUCAACGAGUAUUUUAAGGGCUCAUUCUCCUUCUACCGCUGCUUGCCAGCGGGCUGGGGCGUUCUGCUCAUUUCUGGUCUGACCACAGCUUUCUCCGAGAGGAUGUUUCUGAAUAGAAAUAGGUUCAAGCAGACCCUUCCCAUUCACAUGGUGAUAGGCAUCAUGUGCCUGGGCUUCUCAUUGCUUGAGAUAUAUCGUGGUGAAAAGCAGUUCUUGAUGAGCAUCGUCAAAUCGUUGAAGGGCCAUGACAAACACACAUGAACUUAUAUAUUUGGGACAAGUGGAUUUACCCCAGAUAUAUAACUGUUAUUGCCAUACAACAUACGUGUUGUAAAUACAUGUAUACUGGCUAGAGUACCCAAAAGGAGCUGGACCCAGCAGCUGGAGAGGCUUCUUAAAGAACAGAUCAAAUUGACGGAAAUCAUAGAUCGCCGCUCUGCAGAAUUGAAUUGCUGUGACAAGUUAUAGAGGCGACAUAAAGCAUAGAUCAUCUGGGUACAUAGGUGAUAUAUUCUGUAACUUUUCUACAUCGGACUUAUUAAGAUUAAAUUGCCGCAUGGUUGCCGGAAUUUACCAUGUUGUGCCAGUCAGGUUUAUUUACCUGAGUUUCAAUGCAGAACUUUACAAAAUUCUUUAAUUGUUUAACUAGACAGCUGGGAAUGAAUUGUGUGGUAAUGAUUUUAUAUCUGA